GGGGUCAAACCGCUGCCCUACUGGCGUUGCUGGUAGCUACGGAUGUUCACCCCCAUCCAGCCAUGGUACGAUAGGUUUUACUCCCCGGCACAAAGGGUCCAUGUGGGCUGCAUCCCAGUCACUUAGACCAGGGGCGAGGUUCCACCGACAUUUUGCGUCGCGGCUGCCUUUGCUGCUGGUCCUCGAUUUGGAUGAAACCCUGGUGAGGGUGUGUUGCAAAGGGGUGCACCACAACCGCAAUUUGCGAGUAGUUGACUUCCGGGUGCCGAUUGAUGUCGGGACAUUGCCCAAAGCGACCACGUAUGAAUGUGGUGUGGCGGUACGUCCUGGCUUAGAGAAGUUUCUGGAGUGGAUCAAGGAGCGCAGGCGUGAAGGUCUCAUCGAAGGCCCGUGGAUCUACACCACUUCCACGCCGAACUACACAAAGGCCCUGAUGCGCCAUGUUGAUCCGGGAGGCAAGAUCUUUGCCAUGCGCGUGCUGACUAGGGGUCAGUGCACCCCCUGUCAAGUACCAGGCUUUUUUCUCAAGGAUAUGUCAAUGAUCCGCUCCACCAUGGAUGUGGACGACUGCCAGAUGCAGCGCAGGAUACUCGUUGACAACAAUCCGGUGUCCUGUGUGCUUCAUCCGGCCGGAUCAGUCUUGGUCCGCGACUGGCUGGGCGAGGCCGCUGAGGAUCAUGAACUGCAACGGCUGCAGGAGUUACUGGAGGUUUUGUUGCAGGACAAGGAGGGAAACUAUGCUGGCCGUUUGGCCCAGAUCACCAGAGGUUUUCAGAGCUGGACUGCACGUUUGAAGGCGCUGGGAGAGCUCCUAGCGCAGCAGCCAGAGGGCGACGCGGAUGUGCUGCGACGGAUUUUUCGUGAGGUUUCUAGGGAGUGCAACGACAUGAAGCGAGAGCUCUUGGGCGCUGCGCCCUAGCCCCUAAGGUGGCAUUUGAUGGCAGCGCAUCAAGCGGCUGAACCAAAAAUAUGAACUGCUUCGCAUUGCAUAUGUCAUGUUCUCAUGAUGACUUGCUGCAAAAUGCAAAUUGCCACACUUUGUUGCAUUGCUAAAAGCUGAAGCUAAAAUGUGUCUGCUCCUCAUUUCCCACCUGUCCCACCUGUCACUACUCGCAUGUGAGACACUGAUUUUUGAGUCACACUGAAGACUUUAAAGAGCAUCAGUGUCCGUCAGAGCCAAGGCUCAACUUUUUGUUUGUGUAGAACUCUUCGGUCAUGGCGCGCCGUGUGAGUCUCCUUGCGCUGGCUGCAGCUGCUGCGGCUUUCGCGGCCUGCUGCGCCUUUGUGGGGCCCAGUGUUGGACGCAGCCAGGGACGACAGGUGGAGCUGGGAAGGGCUGCAACACCACAGGGAGCCCUUGAGGAGUCUCCAUUCACUGGUGAUCAACUGCCAGAAUCAGCUGACACCGCAGGAUCCUUUCUGAAGUGGACAGCUGCUGGCUUGCUGGCUGGCCUGGUGAUGGCGGUGUCUUCCAGCGCUCCUGUGAGUGCCAAGCCUUUGGACAUGUUUGGUGGAGUUGACAUUGACUUGGAGAACACCCCAGAGCACUGGACCAUCAAGGCCUCCCCCAUCCUCGAGCCUUGCAAGAACAACAAGUACUACCACAAGAAGUUCAAGGAUGAGUUGUACAAGACCACCAAGCAGCAGGCCAGGUAUGCCAAGGGUUCGGCAGUGUAUGCUCGAUUCAACAAGAAGGUUGCCAUGAUCAAAGCCCGUGAGGAGGCCUACGGAGACAGGCUGUGCGGCAUCAAGGAUGGUAACCCCCGUGUGGUGGCCACUGGUGAAUGGAAUGUGCGUGCCAGUGUGAUGUGGCCUGCCACCAUCUUCCUGUACAUUGCAGGCUGGAUCGGUUGGGCUGGCCGCAGCUAUCUGAUCCGCACCAAUGAUGAGACCAAGGAGUUGAACAUCGACGUCCCCCUGGCCUUGACCUGCAUGGCCAGUGGCUUUUCAUGGCCUGUGGCUGCAUGGCAGGAGAUUGUCAAUGGGGAGAUGGCUGUGCCCGACAGCAACAUCCACCCUGGUGGCCCUUGGACUCAGAGCUAAGCUUGACGUGUUUGCGAGCGAAAGCUGGGCAGGGUGUCGCCUUUAUCAAUGCGACCGCGACGUCGAUGCCGAUGUUCGGUUGCAGCGAAAAA